CUGCUGCUGUUGUGUUACAAUCCACGUACGCAGCAGCCCUACACAAUGGCGGUUAACGAGCACAGACCGACGGUAGCGGAUAUCAAGUUUCAGGUGAAGGAAGGGAGCUCGCUGUCCUCGGCAACGUUCAUAUUCGGAGAUGAAGACCACACGCUCGGAAACGCCUUGCGUCACGUGCUGAUGCAGAACAAAGAGGUGGAGUUUUGCGGGUAUAGCGUUCCCCACCCGUCAGAGCCCAAGAUGAACCUCAGGCUUCAAACUACAGGUCGACCAGCGCUGGAACUCUUGAAGGAGGGGUUGCGAGAUCUUAGGGAUCUGUGUAAUAUUCUGGAGGAUCGCGUGGAGCGAGAGAUACCUGAUGCGGAGGACGAGGAAUCAUGAACAUCCUCACGAUCCGACGUCGAUACUGUUUUGGACCCCCCAGCAUUCGUUUUGGUGCUGUCCUGAGCGAGCAGCGGCGGAGUCGAAACUGUCGAUGGAAACGAGAAUAUGGCUCUGUCUCUUGUCAGUCUCUCUCUCUCUAAACAUGGAAUUGGGGCACGUGCUGGUCUUUUGGGGGUGUGACCGCGUGGUUUCGUGGGGGAAAAGUUGUUUUUUUUUGCCUGUAUUUAUCGAUGCGUGUCAGACAUUUGUAUAUUUUCGUACAUAAUGUCGAUCUUGUUUAGUUUUCUAGUGUUCUCUCCGUAUGCCGAUGAUGCCGGCAUCGUAUCGAGGUCUGCAGAAGGACUGGCGAAAAUGAUGACUAUCAUCGUUGAGGUGUUCGGGGAGUUCGGGCUGACGGUGUCGGAGAAGAAGACGGAGACGCUCCUGAUGCGCGCGAAGGACAAGCCGACUACAACACCACAGCCCCCCCGCCCCCACCGCUGACCAUCGAAGCCGCGGGACAGAAAUACGCCCAGACCACCGAGUACCGGUACCUCGGUGGCCUCGUCAACGAACAUGGCGACCUCACCCGGGAGACCAACUACAGGAGCAGAGGAGCGUGGGCGUGCCUCAGGCGAUAUGGCCGGGAGCUCUUCGACAGACCGAAAGCGCCAUCGCGACUCAAGAUCCGCCUGCUCUAGGCGAAGGCGAUGGAGGCACUGCUGUACGGCUACAUGACAUGGUCAACACUCAGCGGCCACUAUCAGACG